AACGGCCGAAGCAAGAGUGAAGAGGGGUGAAAAUUAUUGCAAACAAAAAGUUCACACAAAAAUUACCUUCUCAAUUUUUUUUAAUUUUUAAAAGCAAAUUUUACCGUAACUAGUGCCAGUUACCUCUAGUUGGUUUGUAGCUAGUGCGAACCGCUACGGAAAAUCAGAAAUCUGCUUUGAUUACGGUGAUUUGGCUUCGUUUCAUAGUGAAAAUCGAGCUGCCUUAAUGGCAGAUUCAAGCGAAAGAAGGACGUACUAGCUGUAGCAGCGAUAUUGCACAACUCCUCUUGUAAAAAUUUCGACUGAGAAUCAGCUGCGCAGCUGAUCGAACGCGUACAUUUAAGAUAGUGGACCACGGUGGAAUCCGGUGGUGGAUCAUAGGCAGAAACACCCGAAGCAAAGAGUACCUCUUUCGGAUUAGUAGCUGGAUCAAGCGUUGGGUGAUGGAACUACACCAUCAGCAGCGGAAACAAAACUCAACUUCAUCCGCCUCGUCCUCAUCCGGAGCCUCUCCUGGUGGCGGCGGAGGCGGAGGAGGGGUAGCCUGUCUAGCCAGCAGCUCAGGCACGGUCGUCGGUAUCCUGUCCGGAAGUGGAGGCGGAGGUGGAGCGGGCCCAAACAAGAACGACUACGACGACAGCUCCCACAGCAGCAGCAACACCGAGGAGUACACCGAUAACGACGAGCGGCGUCGUCGGAUUAUGAAAAAUCGAGCCCGAAACAACCGUCUAAUGCAACAACAGGCCCACCAGCACAGCUCGGUCGGCAAGUCCGCGGCCCAGAAGAAGCACCUGGACACCGAGGAGCGCAUCACCCUGGUCGUGGACAACACGACCUUCUCGAUCAACCCGUCCCUGUUCACCGCGCACCCGAACACGAUGCUGGGCCGGAUGUUCAGCUCCGGGAUGGACUUCACCCACCCGAACGAGCGCGGCGAGUACGAGGUUGCCGAUGGAAUUUCGCACAGUGUAUUCCGAGCCAUCCUGGAGUACUAUCGCAACGGGGUGAUCCGUUGCCCGCCGACGGUCUCAGUUCAGGAGCUGCGCGAGGCUUGCGACUAUCUGUUGAUCCCGUUCACGGUCGACACCAUCCGGUGUCAGAAUCUGCGGGGACUGUUGCACGAACUGAGCAACGAAGGUGCCCGCGAACAGUUUGAGGUGUUUCUGGAAUCGCUGAUUCUACCGCUAAUGGUGGCCUCGGCUCAACGGGGUGAUCGGGAGUGUCACGUGGUCGUCUUGAGUGAUGAUGAUGUGGUCGAUUGGGACGAAGAGUAUCCGCCGCAGAUGGGCGAAGAGUACUGCCAAACAGUUUCUAGCACAGCAAUGUAUCGCUUUUUUAAGUACAUUGAAAAUCGCGACGUAGCCAAGCAGGUCCUCAAGGAUAGGGGUCUUAAAAAGAUUCGGCUCGGCAUCGAGGGCUAUCCCACGUACAAGGAGAAAAUAAAAAAGCGAGCCAGCGGCCGAGUGGAGGUGAUUUACAAUUACUUGCAGCGUCCGUUCAUUCACAUGUCGUGGGAGAAGGAGGAGGCCAAAAGUCGCCACGUGGAUUUCCAGUGUGUGAAAUCCAAGUCGGUGACCAAUUUGGCGGAAGCAACCGCUGAUCCAGCGUUGGAAUUGGAUUCAGCUGGUAAUCCGCUGCCGCAGCGUCACUUCGAUAUCUCCAACGAGCCGGAUGUGGAUGCUAUCCGCCCGAUUGUGGCAGCCAUUGCCAUCGACGGAGAGGAGGGUGCGAUCGGUGGCAUUGCCAAUCCUGAAGAGAUUGCCGGCUCUGAAGAACCCCAAUAAGUUUAGGUGUAGUGUAGUAAAAUCGCUCCUCCGCAGCCGCCGCCGUUGCCAAUGGCUUGUUGUUUGUAUUAUCGUACUAUUGGAAGCGCUCCUCCCUACAAGCUUUGAAGAGCCGGUUGUAGCUGAUACGCAAGGUAACCCUGUAAUCUCUAUAGCUAAAUUCCGAUCGCUAAAUGUCUGCUAUUGAAUUUGAUUUUUACUUUUAUCACAGUAUAGCUUUCUUUUGUUGUAUGAAAUUUAUAACUAUCACAAGAAGUGUUUAUUUUUUGAUUUAUGCGAUUUGAGUUCGAUUUUUUUUUAAACAAAUAACCAAUUAAUUACGAUUUCUUUAUAAAUUAAAUUCAACAGAACUGGGGCAACAAAAACAUCCUCUUUAUUUAUCCUCUGCGUUUUUUAUAACUAUGAUUAAGAGCUUGAACAUCGCAAAGCGUUAAAAGUCAAAAUAAAAGAAAUUGAUUAUAAUAA